UAUAGCAAACAUACAUUUUUGUAAACAAACCGCGGAAGUAAUCUUUAAAGAUGCCUUCUGCAACUCUAGAAUCACUCCUUAGUGGCAAAACUACCAAAAUCGAGAGGGAAGAGGUAAUAAAUACAUUUCUGUCAAAGAUCGAAGGUGACUCUACAGAUUCAACACGAAUUUGUAUGCAAGAUGGUUUAGAAUGGAUGAACACCACCAAGAGCUUAAACUUUGCAACGAACCUGAAAGGCAAACUGGUUGUAUUAGAUUUUUUCACUUAUUGUUGCAUCAAUUGUAUGCACAUUUUACCAGAUUUGGAAAGACUUGAAGAAAAAUUCACAGUUGCCGAUGGACUGGUUAUUGUAGGAGUACAUUCGGCAAAGUUUGAGAAUGAGAAAACAUCUGCUAACAUUCUAAGUGCCAUCUUAAGGUACGGCAUCUCUCAUCCUGUAGUAAAUGAUGAAAUGGCUUCCCUAUGGAAUGAACUGGAAAUUACCUGCUGGCCAACGCUUGUCGUCGUAAGCCCAACAGGGAAACGCCUUGUUACAUAUGUUGGGGAGGGACAUUUCACAGAACUACAAGAAUUCUGCACAGUCGCUCUUAAUUACUACAAGACUCAUGGACUUUCCUCGGAACAUGAUUUGCCUAUAAAGCUUGCGAAGGAUUCUUUACCCUCUACUGCUCUCUCGUUUCCGGGUAAAGUGGGUGUUAGUCCGGAUGGUGAAUGUCUGGUUAUCAGUGACACUGGUCAUCACUGUGUUCUUGUUACAACAAAAGCGGGUGUUGUCUUGCACACGGUUGGUGGGCAGGAAAGUGGAUACAAGGACGGCCGGUUUGAAGAAGCUAGAAUGAAUUGUCCGCAGGGUGUUGUGUGGCAUAAACACUCUAUUUAUGUUGCCGACACAGAAAACCACCUUAUUCGUCUGAUUGACCUGAAGAAAAAAGUGGUUUCCACGGUAGCUGGGACUGGUGAAAUGGGAGAAGACAAAGAAGGCGGGAAUCAAGGAACUGAACAGCCAAUUAGUUCUCCAUGGGAUGUGGCCAUCGGUGGUCCUAAGGACAGUGUGCUAUUCAUUGCAAUGGCUGGAACUCAUCAAAUCUGGACGGUGUUUCUCGAGGAUACUGUCUGGCUGAAAGGCAUUACUUACAAAAAAGGAAUGUGUGCAAGAUUUGCCGGAAGUGGACAAGAAGAAAAUCGCAACAACUCUUAUCCCCACAAAGCUGGUUUUGCCCAACCCUCAGGAAUCUCGCUGGCUAGAGAUGAAAAGAUAAACAGUUUGUUUGUAGCUGACAGUGAGAGUAGCAGUGUACGCAGUGUAGCAUUAAAAGACGGUGCAACAAAAGGUGUUGUUGGUGGUGAACGCGAUCCUAUGAAUCUGUUUGCUUAUGGGGAUGUGGAUGGCAAGGGAGUAGAUGCAAAGUUGCAGCACCCAUUAGGAGUGGCAUGGAACCAAGCUGAUCAGAAACUGUAUGUUGCUGAUUCCUACAACCACAAGAUUAAAAUGGUUGAUCCACUAGCCAAGACCUGUGUGACACUGGCUGGUAAUGGAAAACCUGGCAAAAAAGACUGUUCUAUUUUUGAAGAGGUAGAAUUCAAUGAACCAGGAGGAUUAUGUGUGACUCCUGAUGGAAGUGGACUUUUCGUUGCUGACACAAAUAACCAUGCAAUACGACACAUUGAUUUUCAGCUGAAUACAGUCAAAGAGUUAAAUAUCAUUACCAGCCCUGACCAAUCUGACACAAAGUCUUCCUCCUCGCAAGAUGAGACCAAUGUGGACAGUAUUCUUUCCAAGAAGUGCACCAUAGUCAAUCAGUUAGAGACAGUGAAUCUUCAUGUCAACUCCGACCUCACAGUUCAUCUGGAUGUGCAUCUCCCAAAAGACUGCACGUUAACAGAGGGCGCUCCAUGUGUAUGGCAAGCAUACACUGAAGAUUCAUCUGGAAAACAAGUAAAAUCAGCGUUUCAACAACAAAAGACAAAAUUUGACAAUAUUCUUGAACAACCAUCAUCAACCUUGGCAGUCGCUGAUGAUUUGCUUGGUUUCCAUGGUACCAUCAAGUUUGAAGUCAAAGUUUACUAUUGUGAAGCUUCUGGGACAUGUCACAUGCAAGGCAUUUUGUUUACUGUUCCAGUGAAUGUUACAAAAAAAGAUCCUAAAGCAAAUUCUUCAAUCUGCUUGAGACAGGAUAUUUCAUAAUGAAAAAUAAAAGUUUUUGGGCACAUUUUUCCUCAACAGAAGGCACAAUUACCAAAACAGGAUUUUUUUUUUCUUUUUUUUUAUUCCAUUUGCUUCAACUGGGUCCUUUUUUUUGAAAAAUUAUCAAUCUACACUUCAUAAAUUUUUUUAUAACCGUAUUUAUGUAGCUCAUUCUGGUAUUUUUUCACCCUAAAAUAAUCAAAAUCUCACAUGAACUUAAAAUAAAAUCCUAACAUGUUUUUUGCAUCAGGAGUACGACAUCUGAAUAGCAUUGCAGUACCUACUGCUACUUGGGGAUCGGAUUCAUCACUAGCCACCAAGCACAAGCUCAGUGGUUGUGGGUUCGAUUUUUACCUAAAUCACUUGAGAAUGUACUGCGCAUUUAGUACUCUUACAUGUCAGGUAGGGCAUUAUUUCUUCUGACGCAAAAAAAAAAACACGCCAUCAUAAUUAUUCUGUUUAUAGUUUUAUUUAGGACACAGUAGAUUAGUUGUUCUCUUUUUAAACUUCAGAAUGAAUAAAAUAAAAUAAAAAUUUAUUUUUUGGAGUGUUUGCACAGCAGUUGAGGUCGGGCUUUUGAAUCCUCACUGUGCAUUUUGGUUGUGUCCUUGAAAAAGGCAUCUUAUUCAUAUUCCCUACCCCAGUGGGUACCUGGUACGGCAGUGGUUGCAGGAAUUCUCCAGCAGGAGGUCUGAACCAAGGGGCCAACUAGAGCCUCUGUCAGGGUCCUGGAAUAAAAAUCCCUGGUAGGGUUCACAGGGAGUCAAACUAGCCGAAAACUGUAAAAUUACUGAAAAUUUUUAAUGGUUUUUACGAUUAUUAAAUUCUUCAAUGAUAAUAA